UAGCCGAGGCAGCUACAGCGGCGGAGGCGCAGGGGCUGGUACGCGCUGGGCGGCGAGAGCCUCAUGGCGGAGGAAGAGAGCGACCAAGAGGCCGAACGCCUCGGAGAAGAGCUCGUGGCCAUUGUGGAGUCCCCGCCAGGCCCUCCCGGGCUUAGAGCUGCGGGCGAAGGCAGAGGCGGCGCUGGCGGCGGCAGCUGCCGUGGCGGCGGCGUCGGGAUCAGCAGUCGGGAUUACUGCCGACGCUUCUGUCAGGUGGUUGAAGAUUAUGCUGGAAGAUGGCAGGUCCCUUUGCCACAGCUUCAGGUUCUUCAGACUGCACUUUGCUGUUUUACAUCAGCCAGUGCAUCAUUCCCAGAUGAAUGUGAGCACGUACAAUAUGUUUUGAGUAGCCUUGCUUUGAGUUUCUUUGAGUUGCUGCUGUUCUUUGGAAGAGAUGAGUUUUAUGAAGAGCCCUUAAAGGAUAUUCUUGGAUCAUUCCAGGAAUGCCAGAAUCACCUCCGCAGAUAUGGAAAUGUGAAUCUGGAACUGGUGACUCGAAUCAUUAGAGAUGGUGGCCCAUGGGAAGAUCCAGUGUUGCAAGCUGUUCUAAAAGCCCAGCCAGCAUCUCAGGAGAUAGUGAACAAAUAUUUAAGUUCUGAAAAUCCACUAUUCUUUGAACUACGUGCCAGAUACCUAAUUGCUUGUGAACGCAUACCUGAAGCAAUGGCUCUUAUUAAAUGUUGUGUAAAUCACCCAGAAAUCAGUAAAGACUUGUACUUCCAUCAAGCACUCUUCACAUGUCUGUUUAUGUCACCUGUAGAAGAUCACCUAUUCCGGGAGCAUUUACUGAAAACUGAUUGUAAGAGUGGAAUUGAUAUCAUCUGUAACACUGAAAAAGAAGGCAAGACUAUGUUAGCCUUGCAACUCUGUGAAUCCUUUCUUAUUCCACAGCUCCAGAAUGGGGAUAUGUACUGCAUCUGGGAGUUGAUUUUCAUAUGGAGUAAACUUCAGCUAAAGUCUAAUCCUUCAAAACAAGUUUUUGUAGAUCAAUGCUACCAGCUUUUAAGAACAGCAACUAAUGUGAGAGUCAUAUUUCCUUUCAUGAAAAUCAUUAAAGAUGAGGUUGAAGAAGAAGGCUUACAAAUUUGUGUUGAAAUAUGUGGUUGUGCUCUACAGCUAGACCUUCAUGAUGAUCCCAAAACUAAAUGUCUAAUUUAUAAAACAAUUGCACAUUUUUUGCCAAAUGAUUUGGAGAUUCUCAGGAUUUGUGCACUCUCAAUAUUUUUUCUUGAGCGCUCCUUGGAUGCUUAUCAUACUGUUGAAGAGCUUUACAAACGUCCAGAUGAAGAAUAUAAUGAAGGCACAAGUAGUGUUCAAAAUCGUGUUCGUUUUGAAUUACUUCCAAUUUUGAAAAAGGGAUUGUUUUUUGAUCCUGAAUUCUGGAACUUCAUAAUGAUUAAGAAAAACUGUGUAGCAUUACUGAGUGAUAAAUCAGCAGUUAGAUUUCUAAAUGAAAGUACACUGGAAAAUUCUACAGGUAAUGUAAAAAAGGCAGUGGAACAGCAAGGUUUAGAUGAAGGACUUGACUCUCUUACAGAUCAGAGCACUGGAGAGCUUGAUCCUGAUGAUAUAUCUGGAGUGCAACCAAAAGGUCAUAUUAAUGCAAAGAAAAACCUCACAGCUCUUAAUGCUUCCAAAGUAGAUCACAAUGUCCCAAGGCAUCGGUGUAUGUUAUGUAACAAGGAAUUUCUAGGUGGUCACAUUGUGAGGCAUGCCCAGGCUCAUCAGAAAAAGGGCAGUUUUUCAUGUGUGAUAUGUGGUAGAAAAUUUAGAAACAGAGGACUUAUGCAGAAGCAUUUAAAGAAUCAUGUUAAGAAAAUACAGAGACAGCAACUUGCUGCAGCUCAACAGGAGGAUCAGGAAAAUCCUGCUUUGGAAGAAAUAAAUUGUUCUGAUACUUUCAUUUCAUUUGAAAAUGGGAAGUCUGAUAACAAGGAUUUGGAAGUAGAGACUAUUACCGGUUCCAGUGAUGGAAACAAAGAUGUCAUCCCUUCACAUGUGGGUGAAUUCAUUGAAAUUCCCGGAAGUGUAUCGGAAGAUGUUAUUGAAAAUAUUACUGAAAAUGGCAAUCCUGAUACUUCUUUAAAUAAUGUCUCAGAGCCAUUACCUGUAUGUGUGGAUGACUAUGAGGAGGAAGAAGACGAAGAAGGUGAUUAUGAAGAAGAUGAUUACGACCUGAAUCAGGAAACUUCAGUACUUCAUAAAAUCAAUGGAACCGUGUGCCAUCCAAAAGACAUAUAUGCGACAGAUCAAGAAGGAAACUUUAAGUGCCCUGCUCUUGGCUGUGUCAGGAUAUUUAAAAGAAUUGGAUUUCUAAAUAAGCAUGCAAGGACUGUACAUCCAACUGAUUUAAAUGUGCGGCAAACAGUAAUGAAGUGGAGCAAAGGAAAAUGCAAAUUUUGUCAAAGGCAAUUUGAAGAUUCUCAACAUUUUAUAGAUCACCUUAAUAGACACAGCUAUCCAAAUGUGUACUUUUGUUUGCAUUUUAAUUGCAAUGAGUCAUUUAAGCUGCCAGUCCAACUUGCUCAGCACACAAAAAGUCACAGGAUAUUUCAAGCUCAGUGUAGUUUUCCAGAAUGCCAUGAGCUUUUUGAAGAUCUUCCUCUGCUAUAUGAACAUGAAGCUCAGCACUAUUUAAGUAAAACACCAGAAUCAUCUGCACAACCAAGUGAAGCAAUUCUUUGGGAUGUUCUUACAGACUCAAAAUCUAAUCAUCAGGAAAAAGACUCCUCUAGUAAUGAGAAACAAACUGUUGUUAGUCUACCAGUUUCUACUAGCAAAUCAAGGAAAGAUCCUACAGAACCAAAGACAUGUAUAGAAAGUAUGGAAAAGAAAACAGACCGUUUAGUUCAGAAUGGAAAUGAACAUUCUGAUCACACUGUUUCUGAUAUAAGCUUGACAGACCAAAAGAUGCCUGACAUAGAGCCAAAUUCUGAAAAUUGUAGUAUUAGUGAUUUAGUCAAUGGACACAGUGGAAUAGAGCAAACACCUUUAGUUUCCUCAGAUCCUGCUUUGAAAAUUGAUACUAAUAGAAUCAGGACAGAAAACGGUUCCAUUUUACCUAGUGUUGUACCACAAGAACACAGUACCCUGCCAGUACCUCAGGCACCUUCCAAACCAAAUCAGACGAGUGAACAUACUUCAUAUGGCUUAAUUUUAACAAAGCCAUAUGUCAGACCAUUGCCUCCCAGUUACCUUGAUGAACGGUACCUUAGUAUGCCAAAACGCAGAAAAUUUCUGACUGAUAGGGUAGAUGCCUGUUCUGAUCAAGAUAACGUUUGUAAAAAGUCAGUGAAAAGAUUAAGAUGUGGCAAAUGCCUGACCACCUACUGUAAUGCAGAAGCACUUGAGGCUCACCUUGCACAAAAGAAAUGUCAGACACUCUUUGGAUUUGAUUCAGAUGAUGAAAGUGCCUGAUAAAAAUGUUUCAGAACGAUCUGUCGAUCAAGCAGUAGUGUGCAAAAAGCACUACAAGAAAAUGCAUCAUCAGUUUGCUAUUUCCCUGAUGGCCUUAAUUUUAGAGCGGUCUUGGAUUACUAAAGAUAAAGACAAAGCACAUUUUCUAGAAUGAACUCACAGAGGAGAUGUGCUGGUUUAGACUCCAAAAGGGUUAUUACAAAACUCCCAAAGUACCAGUUAUCCAGAAAAACCACAUUUUUUUAAGUCGAUGAUGAUUAAUAGCAGCAUGUUCAGUUUCGCUUAUGUGAGAAACAUAUGCAGGCAACUAGUCAAAAAGAAUAACCAGCUAUGGCCUUACAGAAAGGGAAAAACCCAUUAUAAAAAACGGGGAGGGGGGGUGGUUUACAAUAAACAACUUAAAAGUAUUCCACAAAUAGGGUUUGUUUUCUUGUCAUGCCUAAUCAGAUUAUGUCCUCCUUUCUGGUCAAACAUGCUUUAAGGAACCAUUUCUGUUUGGUUUAUUAUUACUUAGAAACUGAUUGAUAAGAUGAAAGUAAAACGAUUUAUCACCAUCCUAGCUAUAAAAGAUUGUACCUUGUUUCCAGAUGAUUGAUUAGGUCAAAGUUCAAUGAAUGACAUGCCAGCAUUUAAAAUUAACAAACAAAAGAAGACAAAACAACAGUGCUUUGCUAAUAAGCUCUUGACAGAACCUUCCACUUUCCAUUUUUAUAAUACCAAUGAGUUAUAUUUAAAAGGCAGCAGCGUCGAUAGGAAACAUAUUAUCAGUAACUCUGGGAAGAGAUGGGAGGAUCUAAGACCAUUAAAGGCUAUCUUAGUUGAAAGAAAACACUGAAUUGCAAAUUCUUCAAUGUGAAUAAUGGUAUAAGCACACUGGGAUAUUUCUGUUUGUAUAUAGAGUAGUG